AUGCAUGUUAGGGGCUUAGACAGGGCUGAAGAUGAAGGAAUUGCUUGGAUUAAAAGGCGAUGGUGGGAAAUAUCCAAGAUCUUCGCGCAAAGUCUCAAUUUAGCACAGAGCGGACUUUUGAGGAUUGAUUUGGGAAUGUUCUUUAUGGAUCCGAAUAAUAUUGGCACCGCGACAGUUCUGCUGUUGCUCGGCUGUUCUUUUUGGUACGUGUUAUGUUAUUCUCUAACGCUAUUGGUGCUGAAUGCGCGCGUUAACACGCUUUAUCAGCAAGGAGUGCUGCAACUGAAAAGGUUUCUAGAGGCUGAAAGAGUGGAGAUUCAAUUGAUUGAUUCCGUUCAGGAGCAUUUUAAAUAUGUGUGGCAAAGAACAAUAUCGUCACUAAAUACCCUACUACAAGGCGGGGAAGAGAUCGAAAGACAAUUAGCGACUGUAGCGAAACAGAUACAUUUCUCACCAGGGUCGGAAAUAGUGAGGGAGAUGGAUCUAGCUCCUUCGAGCAGAGUCGCACCUAUCCUUUUAAAGUCUCUGUCUGUAGUAAUGGUAUUACACGCAAUGACUUGUGGAUGGAUGAUGAUUGCAUGUAGAGCU